CUUACUCCAUCAUCUGUAGUUCUUACCACCACAAGUGUAAUAGUUCUGAGUGCAUUUAGGUAUUUGCUUUUCAUAUUGAUGGGGUUAAAAUAAUUGUGUGGAAGGAGGCAAUUAAGUGAACUGUUGAAUAAAUUAUGUUAGAUACAAGCAAUGCUUCAAAUGUUUUGGGGAAAUGCUUCCAUGGUCUUAUUUUCAGUUUUAAUACCUAUCUCAUUAAAUCCAAAUGCUUGUAGGGUGAACAUUUUUGCAUGAUACUUUGAUAAAAUGAUAUUUUUUAAAACUUCCAUCUCUUUAUUUCCUGGAUGUUAGAUUGGUAUCUCAUCUUGCUAUAAGUAACCCUAAAAACUGUAUGGCUGAAUUGGUGUGAACAAGUCUGGAUUAUUCCUGGGUUGAAGACCAAAGGCCUUAGAAAUGGAGGUUCACCAGUAUGCUACACAAGAUGAGGAACUUCAGUUUUGAAAAGAGAUGCUGUGGAUUAUAAUUGCAGCAGUUACUUUGGGCAAUGCAGUGGAAGCUGCUGAAAUCUGCUAUAAUAGACUCGGAUGCUUCACAGAUGAUGUUCCAUGGGGUGGAACAGAGCAAAGACCAAUUAAGAAGCUACCAUGGUCCCCAGAGGAUAUUAAUACACGGUUUUUGCUCUGGACAAGAAAAAAUAUGGCAACGUUUCAGGAAAUUACUGGAAUAAAUCCUUCAACAAUCGCAAAUUCUAAUUUUGACCGGACGAAAAAAACUCGUUUCGUAAUUCAUGGGUAUAUAGACAAAGGAGAAGAAUCUUGGCUCUCUGACAUGUGCAAGGCAAUGUUUGAAGUGGAAGAUGUGAAUUGCAUUUGUGUUGAUUGGGUACGAGGUUCAAGAACAUUAUACGACCAAGCUGCCAACAACAUUCGUGUGGUUGGAGCAGAGAUGGCAUAUCUUAUUGAUGUGUUAGAGAAAACAUUUAACUACUCACGUUCCGAGACCCAUAUUAUUGGACAUAGCCUGGGCAGUCAUGCUGCUGGAGAAACAGGAAGACGCAUUCCAGGAAUUAGAAGAAUCACAGGUCUAGAUCCAGCCAAGCCUUUUUUUAAGAACACGCCCAUUGAAGUUCGACUGGAUAUUUCGGAUGCAAUAUUUGUUGACAUUAUCCACACUAAUGGGGCACCAUUGGUUCCUUACCUUGGUUUUGGAUUGAUUGAACCCAUUGGACACCUUGAUUUCUAUCCAAAUGGUGGAGAAUUAAUGCCUGGAUGUGAUAAAAAUAUUGUUUCAACCAUAAUUGACAUUAAUGGCAUUUGGGAAGGUACACGUAAUUUUGCAGCUUGCAGCCACUUACGAUCAUAUAAAUAUUACACAGAGAGCAUCAGAACCAAAAAUGGAUUCAUUGGGAUUCCAUGUAACAGCUAUGAUGACUUUACAGCAGGGAAUUGUUUCAGUUGUCCAUCAAAAGGCUGCCCCCUAAUGGGUCACUAUGCUGAUACCUACCCUCUUGGAAAAGAUACUACUGAACCGAGUUUUUUUCUGAACACGGGUGCUGCUCCAACCUUUGCACGUUGGAGAUACCAGGUUACUGUCAAAAUUACUUGUACGCAGAGUAUCAGAGGGUUCUUCAGUAUUGCCUUGUAUGGUUCCAAUGUCAAUACCCAACAGUAUCAAAUUGCAAAAGCACUUUUGGAGUCUGGAAAAACUUUCGCAGCUGGCAUCGAUGUGGAGGAUGACAUAGGGGAGAUUAAGAAAGUCAAAUUCAUCUGGAAUAAUAAAUUACCAAAUCUUUUUGGGCCAAAAAUCGGCGCAGAAAUGAUAACUUUAUUAAGAGUGUAUGACCAACAAACCUUUAGAUUUUGUGGAACAGGGGCUGCUGGUGAAGAUGUUCUGCAAACUAUUUUGCCUUGCUCAUUUCCUUAAAGAUUAUUUCACGAUUUUGUAGUUUGGACAUAUGAAAGUAAAUAAAACUGUU